AUGAAUGGCUCUUUCAAGUAUGGGGAGGCCACAAGACCAGACCGUGAGUAUCAAUCUCCCGAUCUCUAUGCUGUCGCCUAUCCGGAACAUCUCUUUCCCCAGGCGAAGUCGUUUUGGCAGCAUACCGGCCGCGGCAUCUCCAGCCGAUAUGCGACAUACUGGCUAGAAAACGCGCAGUUUCUUCAACACAGUCGUCUGAAAUCAUUCUCUACUCCUUGCGGACUCCCCAUCAAGGAGGCAGACAGCGCGAAAGUGAUCUUGCGCAAGCGUAUUGCUACUUUGUCGUCCACCGACACUGUUCACGUUCGCCUGGAGAACGUCUAUCUUUAUCCGACCGGCAUGUCAAGCGUCUGCAAUAUAGCAGACAAGCUACAGAAGCUUAACACCGGCCGUAGCGACGGUUGUAGAGUCGCCGUUUUUGGGUUCCUAUACGUCGACACUUUCAAAGUCCUAAGUAGGGUAUAUGGCUUCGAAUACUCUUUGUAUGGACACGCUUCACCAUCUGAGAUAGAGACCCUUGAGUCGGAAUUGGCUAUUGGUGUGAGGAUUGACGCGCUAUUCACGGAAUUUCCAGGUAAUCCUCUUCUCAGAUCUCCAGACCUCAAACGACUCCACGAGCUCUCAGAACGGUACGACUUCAUCCUUGCGGUCGAUGACACCGUCGGAACAUUUGUGAAUGUGGCUUUAUUUCCCUUUUGCGACAUCCUCUGCACCAGCUUGACAAAAAUGUUCAGCGGAGCAUGCAAUGUUAUGGGCGGUUCUCUUGUCCUGAAUCCCACAUCACCACGCUAUGAGAGGAUGCAGAACGCACUCUCUGCGGAGUAUGUCGAUACGUAUUUUCCACUUGACGUACUGGUCAUGGAGGCCAACAGCCGCGACUUCGCUUUGCGGGUUUAUAAAGCUAGCGAUAACGCUGAGACCCUGGCCAAGAUGAUCCGGAAGCAUGCAACCGUAAGUGAGGUCUUCUACCCGAAAGGUGAUUCGUCCCAGCACAUCUAUGACAGCUUCAUGAGACCAGGCGGAAAGUAUGGAUUCCUGUUAUCUGCGACCUUCGUCUCACCAGAAUGUGCCAUUGCCUUCCAUGAUGCCCUGGAUGUGGCCAAAGGACCGAGCCUAGGUACCAAUUUUACGCUUGCCUGCGCGUACACUCUGCUGGCGCAUUACAAUGAGUUGGAGUGGGCUGCAAAGUUCGGGGUGGUUGAGCAUCUGGUGAGGAUUAGUGUGGGCGUAGAGAGCGAAGAAUGGUUGAUGGAGACGAUUAGCAAUGCUCUGAAUGCGGCGGAGAGGCAGCUCGGUUCGGCAUGA